AGGAAGAGGAAGAGGAAGAAGAAGAGGAGGAGGAGCAGGAAGAAGAAGUAGAGGAGGAAGAAGAAGAAGUAGAAGAAGAGGCAACUGAGGCUCCCAGCAAUCAAACGGAAACUCAGUCCAGCUCUACAGAGUCUCCUCUCAGCAAGUGUCAGACUGCUGACAGAGAAAUCAGCUGCAGAGGCAUCGGCAUGACUCUCCUGCCAAUCAUCCACAACCUGCUGGCCACCAAUCUAGACAUGGCAGAGAACAACAUCAGAAUUAUCAGUCCACAAGUUUUCUCUGGUGUGCCGAACCUGGACACACUGGACCUGAGCAAAAACAAACUCGAUGAUGAGUCGUUCAGCCAGAACCCCUUGUCGAACUUAACCUUUCUGAAGAAGCUGAACUUAGACGGCAACCAGUUCACCAGCAUCCCGGCACUGCCGCCAUCUCUGGAGGAGCUCAGGAUGAACAACAACAAGCUCAGUGCACUCAGCCCUCACUGCUUCAAAGAUCUGAUGAACCUGUUGAAUCUGGAGCUUGAGAAGAACACUCUCCAUGAGGGCAAUGUGUCACCUCAAGCCUUCAGACCGCUAGAGAGACUACUGGAGCUCCAGUUGGACAACAACCGCUUCCGUUCCCUCCCUCUGGGCCUCCCUCCCUCUCUUCAGAAGCUGGAGAUGAAUGGAAAUCUGGUUGAAGAGGUGACAGAGGAGGCCCUGAGGGGCUGUGUCCAUUUGGGAGUGCUGGAACUGAGUCACAACCUGCUGCAUGAGCAAGGCAUCGCUACCCACGCCUGGACCCGAUUCAAGUCCCUGGAGGCCUUGGACCUGUCCUACAACAAAUUCACCUCUGUCCCAAUGAAUCUGCCUCGUCUCCAUAAACUGAACCUCCAACACAACAACAUCAGUCACAUCGCCGCCUUUACGUUCCGUCACAUGCGGUCCAGCCUACAGUCCCUCUGUCUAUCCCACAAUGCAUUGAGCAAUGAGGGAAUGGAUCGAGUCUCUUUUGUUGGAACGUACCGCUCACUGGGCGAACUUUUAUUGGACAACAACCGUCUGGGUGAGGUCCCUCGCUGCGUUCGACAGUUUAAGAACCUGCAGGUGUUGAGACUGGACAACAACCAGAUCAGGCUGGUGAGGCAGUGGGGAGUGUGCCACCCUCGUAAUUCUGGCUCCUCCUUGACUUCGAUCCACUUGGAAAAUAAUCUGCUGGAUGUGGAGAGGAUUCCCCCAAAUGCCUUUUCCUGUCUCACUGAUGCUCAGGGACUGGUUCUCUAUCCACAACAGAGGCUGUCACAUGACCGAUAGACCACACAGUGGGAAGGAUUUACAUGGACAGAUACAUACCCACAAUAUAUGCAUUUCCAUCAUUGUGACAUACAGCUAAACAAUAAUUUCAGUUUUUUUUCCUGCAGGCUGGGUUUACAGAAAAAAACACUAUCAUGUAGUUUGCUUAGUCAGUCAGUGCUAUAAUGUUAUCUUCCCCAAACCCAUAUUUUUCUAUCACAUCUCGCCUUUGAUUAGGAAAAUGACAGUGAUGUUUUUGUAUGUACGAAAGCAAAUGUGUAAUUUACACGGAUGGAAAUAAUCAUUAUGUAAAAUGCUCUUGGAAGUGUAAAUGGCAAGUACACUGCAGUGGAAUCCAGAUCUACUCAAAGCAACACUUUUCAUUCCAGUAUAAAGUAUUUAAUUGAGAGAAUGAAGACUGGAAUAGAUUAACCUAUGUCUCUAGACUAAGUCUGGGCCUGUGGGUGGAGCCUUUAGUCAGUGUAAGUGGAAAUACAGUUGGCGUGUUUGGGUGCUGGUCAUCAACCAUUCACAUCUCGGGAAUGCAGCAGGGGGUCCCUGAGAGAUGGUGAACAUGUCUGGUGACACAGUGUGAACCUAAGGGGCCGAUUAGGAAGGAAAAUACAAACGUCACACAGGUUCCCUAUCACCAGAUGACUUCCAACAUAAACAUCCACCACCAACCGCUCAGCAAAUAGAGACACUUUGACUGUGAGGGGGGUCUUAGUCCAGGCCUCCAAACAUGUUUGGAUGACGUAAGUCACUGUCAGAUUGUUUCCUGUAAUUGGAGUGCAAGUAUAUGUCCGUGAGAGAACAGGGGCCGUCCAUUAUUUGUUAGCAGGCGGGAAGACGGUGAAAAAGGUGAGGUUAGUGGAGCUAAGGGGAAUACAACAAGCUGAAUAUUAAAACACAAUACAGCAAUUGUUCUCAGAAAGUCUCUGAGCUCACGGAAAGAUGAGAAAAAGCAGCAGUUCAUGUCUUGUUGAUUCCAAUAAGAUGUGGCUAGAAGACCAAAAAGAAAAGAGAAUGAGAGUGGAGCACACUCAGAGCUCUUUGACUGUGGGAACUAAAGCCACUAAAGCUCUGGUGUUGUGUCAACCUUGUUGAUUUCCCAGAUUGCAAUGUCCUCUCUUUCUCUUUCUGUGUAUAUUUAGGCACAGUAUUUCACUUUCCAUAUUCUGCUGCUUGUCCACCUCACACUCACAACUCACAAUGUCGUCAGUUGCUUUACACCAAAUCAUGCUGCAACACACAUGAUAUCUGUUUCACUCACACAAAAACAAUCUAAAUAUGUUAUGAGGGCUGAUGGAAGAGCACCAGUCUCUUUAAUUUGAUAAUCCACCCGUGCAAAGACUCAAUACAGUUUGCAGGA